GAUUUGGCCGAUGUGAUGGUCCCUUCUGAAGUCAAGGAUCCCGCAGAUAUUUUUCGCACGCAUCUCGCUGAUGGAUCGCUUACAAGACCGCUGGCAUUUUCGUGUCUGCAGGACAUCAUACGCUCGAGAUCUGGCAGUGGUAUUGGAGAAGCUGCGAUCAAGUGGCUAUGGGAGGAAUACGAUUCGAUUGAGUUCCCAAAUGACACCCCCCUGGUGGAUGCAAUUGCUCUUCUGCUAGUACGGGACGGCAAGGAGGAACUCAUGUGGGAUUGGAUGAACCAAGAACCCCAAAAGCCUGCUACACUCUCUGAUCGGGACCGCCAUGUAUGGCGAGCACGCCUUGCAACCAAUGGCAGCCUCGACGCAGCCCUGGAAACAUACUUUCGCGGCACAAAUGUACCUUACUUCCUCUACACCACUUCAGCGGCCAAUUUCUGCCAGGCACAGCUUACCAGACGCACUAAGUUGAGCUACAUGCCAUCACAUGCUAAGCAGUUGGUAAGGAUUUUCGCGACAGACCACUGUUUCCGAACACAGAUUUGA